AAGCUAAGAGAAGAUAAAGUACUUAAAUGCGCUAUUAUUUUUUAUGUCUUUUUUUAACGCUAAUUUUUAACAACUUCGCACUAAAUUAAAUUUAGCAGAAGUUUCUCGUAUAAUUAGUUAAACUUCCGAACCUCCUUAAAAAUCGAGUAGGAAAAUAAUGGGAUGAAUUUUUACGGAACGAUCUAUUUACAUUUGUCGCAACAUAUAGUUACUUGACGGUAUUCGUGUUUUCAAAAAUUCACAUUAAAAGUUUGUAGGAGUUCCAAAAGUUACCACAACUGAUGCUUGACAUGAAAGAUUGGUCAGGAAAGUAACAUAAAUAUCAUAAAUAUAGAAAUUUCUUAUGGUGCAGAUACAUUUGGCAUGCUAAUGUAAUUUUAUUUUACUGGUUAGUAUUAAAAAUGAAAUGCAUGAGACUGGCGUAAAUCCAAAAUACAAAUAAUCAUUUAAGAGUAGCUGUAGACACAAUGAUUCACAGUGCGUAAAGUACACUAACGAUAGUGCACUACCUAUCAUGAAUGUUUUAAAUCUAUUUUAUAUUAUUGCUCUAAUCCUGCUUGCAAUAAUAAAUUUAACAAAAGCAGAAUGUCAAACUAGACAGAUUUAUUGCUAUGAGUGUGACAGUUGGACGGAUUCGAGAUGUAAGGAUCCUUUUAACUACACUGCCCUUCCUAUGGAUCAACCACCGUUGAUGACUUGUAACGGAUGUUGCGUUAAAAUGGUUAGACACGCUAAAUCUCCGUACGAAGUAGUUCGUAGGACUUGUACAUCUCAUUUGCAAAUAAAUCUCUUCAUGGUGGAUCAUGUUUGCAUGAUGGAGAGCAGCGGAACAGGGCAUAUGUGUUUUUGCGAAGAAGACAUGUGUAAUCGUUCGUCCAAAAUAUUUAUAACUGUUCCGAUUUUUAUACCAUUGAUCACAUAUUUUUUAUAAUACCUAGCUCAAUCUUAAUCUUUAUUAGUUAAAAAAUUAUAGACAACAAAUGUUCAAAACAUCCACAAUAUUUUUGCGCAAGAACAAAAGGUAUAACCAGAUGUCUAAAUAUCUACCUAAUGUAAAAUAUUUCACGUUAAUCUCAUAUACUAGAAAUAAUUCUAAGUAUAUGAUUAAUCUACGAUUUGUUGUUAGUACCUACACAGAAUCAGAUUUGUACGUAUAUAUUUAUUUUUGGCGCCACCAAAUAUUUAAGUAUACAUACAUAUUAGGUGAAUGCAUUUUUAUUGCUGAUGUUAAUGUUUUUUUAUCUUUUUAUUAUAAAUACCCAAGCACGAAUAUAUUACAUUAUACAUUAAUGCAUUGUACUGAUGGUAGACACAAACUUCGUUGAAAAAUAAAAUAGUUUAUUAUAGAAAAUGAUUAUGAAACGUUCAUGUUUAAAACGACGAGUUGUUAAAGUUGAGAAAUCUGUACAAAUGAUAAUACAAUAUGUGAAAUUGCAUGAA